AUGUAUCCAUAUUUCGAUGAAAAACCUGAAAAUAAUAGUGAAUCUUUGUUUCAAUUACUGACUGAUAAUAUGAAAAACUAUAAGAAAGAGGCUGAAGAGACACAAAAAGAAGUUAUUAGGCUUGAACGAGCUAAUAAAGCACUUCAGGUUGAGCUUGAUGAAUUGAAAGAGAAAUUGGAAGAUGAGAGGACCGAGAAACAAAAAGGUUCGAUGAACCGACGAAAACUUAUGUCACAGUUACAAGAAUAUCAGAUGAAACUUGAAACAGAUACUCAAAAAUAUAGUGGAUGGGAAGAUUCAGUGGCAUCAUAUAGAGAAAAGAUUACAUCACUGGCCUCAAAUCUUGAGUCGUCAGAAUUGGCACGAAUAAAAGCAGAAAAAUCUGAAGGUCUACUGAAACUCCAUAUAAACGAACUUGAAGAAUCAAUGGUCGAAAUAUGUAUUAGUAAUUUUAUGAAAAUUCAAGAAUUACUAAAAUUUUCCAUCUCUUCAGGGAAAUCCGAAUAA